GUCAAAAGGCAGAAAGACCUCUCCUCUUCUUUCGUUCCCAUCCUUUGCUUAUCUCAGCAAUCAAACAAAUCAAUUCCAAAAAAAAAAAAAACAAAUCAAAUCAAGUCCCUCGAUCUUUUUUUUGUGUUCAGCUCAUGGCGGAUCGAGCCUCCUACAGUUUGGCUCCUAGAUUAGAUAUUGAACAGAUAUUACUAGAAGCCCAGCAUAGGUGGUUAAGACCUGCUGAAAUUUGUGAAAUUCUUCGAAAUUAUCAGAAGUUCCAAAUUACAUCAGAGCCUCCUACAAGACCUCCAAGUGGUUCGCUCUUUCUUUUUGAUCGAAAGGUGUUAAGAUACUUUAGGAAGGAUGGACAUAAUUGGAGGAAGAAAAAAGAUGGGAAGACUGUGAAGGAAGCUCAUGAGAAGCUGAAGGUUGGGAGCGUUGAUAUGUUGCAUUGCUACUAUGCCCAUGGAGAAGAGAAUGAAAACUUUCAAAGGCGCAGCUAUUGGAUGCUUGAACCGGACUUGAUGCAUAUAGUUUUUGUGCACUACUUGGAGGUUAAGGGUAGUAGAACAAUUGGAGGCAUAAGAGAGACCAGUGAUGUAUCAAAUUCGCAAACAAGCAGUCCUUUGACUUCUAGCUAUUCUGUUACUCGUACAAAAGAACCUUCUGCAAAUGCAAAUUCAGCAAGCUCAAUUACCAGUUUAACAUCCUUAUGUGAAGAUGAUGAUUCUGAGGAUAGUCACCAAGCAAGUUCUAGAUUCCAUACAUCACCCCAAAUAGGAAAUGCUACUGUGAUGAACAAGUUGGAUCCCAGUUUUUUUAAUCACUAUUCUCCACAUCCCUUUCAAGGCCAAGUAUCAAUUCCUGGAACAAAUGAAGUUUCACAUCUUCAUGGAGAUAGACCUGGGGAUAUUAAUUAUGGCUCUUGUAUGACCGGAUCUCAAAGAACACUUGAUUCAUCUUGGGAACAAGACUUGGAGCAAUAUAUGCCUGUAUAUACCGAUGCAUCUUUUAAUGCUUCACCAAAUUCUAGUCAACAUGAUGCUAUUAGCACUAGCCUGCAACAAGAAACGGUGAUGAAAGGCAAGCUAUUAACUGUUGAGAGUGCUGGCGGGGAGUUUGGAAAUCCUUUGCCAACACAACCACAUUGGCAGAUUCCUUUGGCUGACAAUGCCUUAGAGUUGCCCAAAUGGCCCAUGGAUCCAUCAUCAAAUUUUGAUUUGCCAUAUGAUACUAAGUUAUUUGAGCAGAAUGCUCCUGCUUUUCAUUUGCCAAAUGCUCUUGAGGAUUUCUCCGAGCAUGAUGACUUAAAUGAUCGGCAUCUGCAUAAAGAUCAACAAAUACAGAGUAGCAAUGCAGAUCCUAAUUCUUUCAUGAGAACAUAUCCUGAGAACGAUAUGCGUUUGGAUGGAAAUGUCAACUAUGCUUUGUCUCUGAAAAAAUCGUUACUUGAUGGAGAAGAAGGCUUGAAGAAAGUUGACAGUUUUUCACGAUGGGUUACUAGAGAACUUGGAGAAGUAGAUGAUCUGCUUAUGCAAUCCUCAUCCGGUAUUGCCUGGAGUUCUGUUGAAUGUGGAGAUGUUUCUAAUGAUGCCUCUUUGAGCCCCUCUCUCUCUCACGACCAACUCUUCAGCAUUGUUGAUUUUUCGCCAAAGUGGGCAUACACAGACUUAGAAACUGAGGUGUUGAUUAUUGGGACAUAUUUGAGGAGUCAAGAGGAAGUAGCAAAAUGUAACUGGUCAUGUAUGUUUGGGGAAGUGGAGGUUCCAGCUAUGGUUAUCGCAGAUGGUGUUCUUUCCUGCCAUGCUCCGCCUCACAGUGUUGGGCAAAUCCCUUUUUAUGUUACAUGUUCCAACAGGUUAGCUUGUAGCGAAGUCCGAGAAUUUGACUACCGUGCAGGAUUCACUAAAGAAAUAAAUAUUUCAGAUAUCUAUGAUGUUGUGUCAAGAGAAAUGCUGAUGCGAUUUCAGAGGUUACUUUCUCUGCAAUCUUUCAGUCAUACUAAUCAUCACUCUGAAGGUGUUGGGGAGAAGCGAGAUUUGAUUACUAAAAUUAUAUCAAUGAAAGAGGAAGAUGAAUGCCACCAGAUUGUUGAUCCCUCUGAAAAGGAUUUGUCUCAACAUGAAGAACAAGAGUGCCUCCUUCAGAAAUUGAUGAAAGAGAAGUUGUACUCUUGGCUUCUUCACAAAAUAAUGGAAGAUGGUAAAGGACCAAAUGUAUUAGAUGAGAAGGGUCAAGGUGUACUACACUUAGCUGCUGCACUUGGUUAUGAUUGGGCAAUGAAGCCUACUGUUACUGCUGGAGUUAGUAUAAAUUUCCGUGAUGCAAAUGGAUGGACUGCACUUCACUGGGCUGCUUUCUGUGGAAGAGAGCAAACAGUUGCUAUUCUAGUGUCCCUGGGAGCAGCACCUGGAGCUGUUACAGACCCUACUUCAGAAUUUCAUUGGGGCAGAACUCCUGCGGACUUGGCUUCUGACAAUGGACACAAAGGAAUUUCGGGUUUCCUUGCAGAAUCUUCUUUGACCGGUUUCCUUUCUUCUCUUACAAUGAAUGAUAAAAAAGAAGCUGUACAAAUAGUUUCUGAGCGAGUGGCAACUCCAGUUUAUGAUAGUGAUGUACAAGACCUAUCACUGAAAGACUCAAUUACUGCUGUAUGCAAUGCUACACAAGCUGCCCAUCGUAUACAUCAAAUGUUCAGGAUGCAAUCCUUCCAGCAGAAACAGUUGAGUGAGUCUGGUGACGGUGUGUCAGAUGAGCAUGCCAUUUCACUUCUAACUGCAAAAGCACGCAGGCCAUUGCAAAUUGAUCGUGUCGCCCAUGCUGCUGCAACACAAAUUCAGAAAAAGUACCGUGGUUGGAAGAAAAGAAGAGAAUUCUUAUUGAUCAGGCAAAGAAUUGUCAAAAUCCAGGCCCAUGUUAGAGGACACCAAGUGAGGAAACAGUAUAGAACAAUCAUAUGGUCCGUAGGAAUUCUGGAGAAAGUUAUUUUACGGUGGAGACGUAAAGGGAGUGGCUUGCGAGGAUUUCGACGGGAUGCAAUUACUAAGGAACCUGACCCACAGUGCACGCUCUCGAAAGAGGAUGAUUAUGAUUUUCUCAAGGAGGGAAGAAAACAAACCGAGGAAAGGCUGCAGAAGGCACUUACUAGGGUAAAGUCCAUGGCUCAGAAUCCUGAAGGACGAGGCCAAUACCGAAGGCUGCUUACAUUGGUUCAAGGGAUUCGUGAAACCCAGAAUUGCAAUAUGGUACUGAGCAGUACAGAAGUGGGUGAUAGUGAGGGAGACGGCGAUGAAGACCUCAUCGAUAUUGGCUCUCUUUUGGAUGAUGAAACUUUCAUGUCUAUUGCAUUUGAUUAAGCUCCUUCAAACCUUGCCCCAACAUAUCCAACCUGUACAUAAACUGGUACAGCAGCUACGUAGCCAGCAGUAUGAAGGGUUUUAACUUGGGUUGUCUGUCAAUAUGGCAUCUAACGUACAUGGUUUGUUUGUAAGUAACAUGGAAAUUCUGUUUUACUUUUUCAGGUUAAAAAUAGUGUUUUUAAUCCCAUAAAUUCGUUAAUUCAAGGGUUAGAGUGUAGUAUUUAUUGAUUCCUGGGAAGAUUUAGUUGUAAAAUCUGUUGAGAGGAAGGGAUUAUGAGUGACAUUUUAGAGUGUAAUUAUAAACAUAUUGAUCCCCUGUGUGUGCUUAU